AUGGCGUCCCUUGGAGAAACCGCAGCCAAAGUUGCAACCAAGGUGAGAGCAAAGGUCCAACGAAGCUCUCAUGAUAAGUAUCCUUGGUUAUAUCCUCGAGGCUGUGAAAAUGAAAUUGCACCAGUUAUUGAUAUGUGGCUAAAGGAUCGCGUAGCUGCGGAAUAUGUCCUUCAGAAAACUGGAAAGCGUUUCAAAGUAAACCCACGAGAGAACGUCGCCGAAUCUAUGCUGUCGUUUGGACAGACAAGGGCGGCACGCUUCCCAAACCAUUUCCCGGCAAAUAUUUGA